UGUAGGCUUGAAGAGAUUCCAGCGGUGAGGUGCAAGCAAGUGUCUGCGCCCCGUGAAUAAAUGCGCAGCCAUAGCUGUAUCCUAACGAGUGUCAGGAGAUGGAUUUGAAGACACUGAUCAUCGCGUCGUUGAUUCUGCUUCUCUUGAUAGCUCCUGCAGAGAGCUUUUGGCGACGACGAAGACGAAGGCGUUCCCCACCCCCACCAGACACUACCCCGCCGUCUUUUGGUUCAACAUGCCCGGGAUUCGUCACCUACACCACUAGCGAGGCAGACGGCCGUCGUGUAGUCACCUACAGUACUCCUCGGGCCACCGACGACCGGGGAACAGUCACCGUCAGUCGCACAUCUGGGCCCACGUCUGGCAGUCGAUUCAAUGAAGGCCUGACUACAAUCACCUACCAAGCCAGAGAUGGAGCUGGGAAUGUUGCUUAUUGUUACAUCAGGAUCACUGUUAAUGUGCUGCGAUGUCCAAGUGUUGGAUCAAGCAGUCAUAGGUCACAUAGCUGCUCCAAAACCAACAGAGCUGGCUCAGUCUGCACCUUCCACUGCUCGACUGGAUACAACUUGGUUGGGUCAUCCGCUGUCAGUUGUCGGACCAACCGUGUCUGGAAUAGGGGAUUUCCAACAUGUCAAGUGCGAACUUGCAGCCCGUCAUUGACAAAUCUCGCUAAUGGACAAAUUUCCUGUACCAACUCCAACCGAUGGAACAGUGUGUGUACGUUUAGGUGCAACACAGGGUAUGGGUUGUCAUCUGGUGGAAGCACCUACACAAGAACAUGCAGUAACAGUUGGUCGGGAACGUCUCCAACUUGUACAGAUAAACGGGCACCAAGAAUAACCUGCCCAAGCUCUAUCUCUGUCGAAGCAGAGGACAGACUGACCAGUGCUGUGGUCACCUGGGUUGUACCAGUGGCUUCGGAUAAUGUACCGUCAGGCUUGACAGUUACUCGGACACGAGGCAGAGCCCCAGGCAGUCGCUUCAAUCAAGGGUCUCAUGCAAUACGGUACAGGGCUGCAGAUGCUGCAGGCAAUAGGCGAGACUGUACUUUCUCUGUAAUUGUCAGAGUGAUAACAUGCACACCAGUCCCUCAUAGUGGAAACCACCUGCAGGUCAGCUGUCCCCAUAGGCAUAUCAAGGGGGCUACCUGCACAUUUGCAUGUGACACUGGGUACCAAUUAGUUGGUACUGGGAGCUCUACCUGCCGGACUAGUGGAUCAUGGAGUGCAUCUCAACCAAGCUGUCAAGUUCUGCGGUGCACAAAUCUGAGUGCACCCUCCCAUGGCAGCUACAGAGAUUCCUCACCAUGUAGUAACACCUACGGAACCUGGUGCCACUUUGAUUGUGACACCGGCUAUAGCAUCACUGGUAGCGCCUCCAGACGUUGUGUGGUUGCAGAGGGUCAGACUACUGUAUCUUGGUCGGGAUCAACUACUGCAUGCCAGAUCAAUACUUGUCAGACGCCCACUCCAGGUGAAGGACUUGGACCGACUGAUACCAGUACCUGUUCAGCUAGUAACAGUGUACCGUAUGGUACCACAUGUACAUAUGAAUGUUCUGAGGGCUUCAGGCUAGUCGGCACGUCAACUAUAACAUGUGGACCUGAAAGUCAGUGGCUACAAACACUGCCACUGUGUCAAGAGAUAACCUGUGCAAGCAGCGACCUGCCUACCCCAGCCAAUGGCGUAAAGACUGGCUGUUUCAGAGACCAUGUACCUUUUGGAACCUCCUGUAGCCUUUCAUGUAACCGUGGUUACAGGCCAACAACAACAACACAAAGGACUUGUCAAAGUGACAGUAGCAACAAUGGAGUUUGGUCAGGUGGUACCAUAACAUGCAGCGUUGUAACCUGCCCACCCCUGUCAGCACCUGCUUUUGGCGCAAUCUCAACCUGUUUGCGCAAUGGACAAAGUAGAUCUGCAUCUGCACAGCAGCCCUUUGAUAGUUUGUGUCAGCUGACAUGCAACACUGGCUACACCCUAUCUGGAUCAGCCAGUCGGACCUGCCUUGUGUCAGGGACGUGGGAUGGAAGUACCACCGUCUGUACAGAUAUUACUGAGCCAGUAUUGCUGUGUCCUGCAAAUCAAGUUAUAUUCGCCAGGGAAGGGCAUCAACUUGUCUCAGUCUCUUGGAACUGGGAACCCUUCACAGGCACAGAUGCUGGCCAGGAGAUCACCGCUGUGUUGCUUUCCAUCAACUCAGAACCUGUCACUGGCUCUAAGCCCACCACCUUUGAAGAAGGGAUCUACAGACUUGUCUACGAGGCUACUGACAGCGCUGACAACACUGGGUCAUGCUCUAUGCAAAUGGAGGCCAAAGUGAGACGAUGUCUGGGUCUUCAAACCCCCACCAAUGGUGAGCUGCACCUGGCUACCGGGCACGGCUCAUGCAGCGAGGGCGUUGUGUAUGGCUCCCAGUGUGACAUCCGCUGCGAGACUGGCUACUCUCUGUCAACAGGGGGCUCCAGUCUCAGGAGAAAGUGCCUGCGCCAAACAGUCGAUAGUACCCAAGGCUACUGGAAUUCCUCCCAGCCAACGUGUGAAGCCAACACUUGUCCUUACCAUGCCAUUGCCAAUGGCUACAUCAGUGGUUGUGCUGGGGACUCUGCCACCUAUGGAGACUCGUGUCAGUUUCACUGUGACCUGGGUUAUAGGACAAGCAAUGGACAGAGUUACCGUGUACGCCAGUGCCAAGCUGACAGCUCCUGGAGUGGUCCUCACUUUCAGUGUACAGUGUUAGUGACAUGUGCUGGUCCCUUCUCCAUCCCUCAUGGUAUGGUAGAGCCUGCUGUCUGUAGCCAAUCACAGACAUUGCCUUACAACACCAUAUGCCACUUCACCUGUGGUGAUGGAUUCCGUCAGGAGGGGCCCAAUACUAAAACAUGCACGGACCAUGGUUCCUGGGACAGUCUUCAAAAUGUUGUCUGCAUUGAUGAGCAGAGGCCCAGAUUCACCGUGGACUGCCCACGACACGUUACUGUCAACAGUGAAUUGGGGACUACCUCAGGGACAGUGACCUUUGACGUACCGACUGCAACAGACAACUCAGGUUUUGUUACAGUCACAAGACAAACUGGACACUUAGCACCAGGCAGCAGCUUCCCAGAAGGUAGAACUACAGUCACUUACUUUGCUGCGGACCCAGUGGGUCUCUCUGAGCAGUGCGAUGUCAUUGUUACUGUUGUAGUGUAUCGUUGCGAGAGACUCCAAGCACCACCUUCAGGCUCUAUUCACUGUGAUCAUGCUGGUUCCAUCGCUGGUACCCGAUGCAGCUUGGAGUGUAAUACUGGUUAUAUCUUGAGUGGAUCACGUAGCAGAACCUGCCUGUUAACCAGUGACGAUACAACCUACUGGGAUGGAGAACCUACUGUAUGCACAAUUGUAAGAUGCCCGUCUCAGCCGGCCCCACCCAACUCUGUCAAGUCUGGCUGUAGCCUCCCAUCAGAGCCAUACGGCACUGAGUGUUCUUUCUACUGUGUGAAUGGUUAUGAGGCUCAGACUAGUGAUGAUGGAAGGUCUCGCUGUCAGGCUAAUGGCACCUGGUCUGGAACUGACCUUGUCUGCGAGGAAAUUGAAUGUCCAGUCCUGACAUCUGGUUCUGGCAUCAACGUUUCCCCACCAUCCUGCUCAAGCCGGCCUGUGUUUGGCAAUAGCUGCAUGUUUUCCUGCUCACAAGACGGCUUCAGAAUUGAACCAGUGGAAAAUGCCUACGUCCACUGUGUGGGCAAUGGGAGAUGGUCUGGGGACAUAUCCCAAAUUGUCUGUGUAGAUGUGGACAGUCCUGACCUUAACUGCCCAUCUGCCUCGACUGUCUAUGCUGAGAGAGGGUCCACUGCAGCCCAAGUCAACUUCCAGGUCACCGCUUCAGAUAAUAGUGGCCAGCAGCCUACAGUGACCUGUGACCCCGAGUCAGGACAAUUUGACCUGGGUCAAUAUUUGGUCUCGUGCAUCGCCUCAGAUCCAGCUGGUAACGCAGCGACUUGUUCCUUCCAAAUUGAAAUUGUGGAGCGCACUUGCACAGCCCUGCCCAUCCCAGCAUAUGGGGAUUACAUAGGGGACUGUUGCCACGUCUAUGGCUGUGUGUGUUACCUGAAGUGCAUCAAUGGCUACCAAUUGAUCGGGUCCAGGCAAGCCUCCUGUGAGUUCAAUGGCAUCUCUACAUACUGGCACCAAGAUGACACACCGCACUGUCAGUUGAUCACAUGUGAGGCCCUGUCACUCCCCGAUGCCGUACAGGUCACUCCAUCCAUAUGUACUGCUGGUAGACCGUUAGCUGGUACCCUGUGCUUUUUCUUUUGCCCACAUGGACUCAGUCUGGUUGGGAGCAUGUCUCAGGUGUCCUGUGGAGGGGAAGGACUCUGGGACGUGGAGGCUGGAAACUUGCCCACAGAUUGCGAAGAUCGCAUUCCCCCUGUGCUCACUUUCUGCCCUGGACCCAUCUACGCCACCCGAGGAGGUGAGGCUGGAGUCUCGGUGACCUUUGACAUCCCAACAGCCCGGGAUAAUAACCUGUCUGGUACCCUGACUCUGGAGACCUCACCCUCCGGCAUCACCUCACCACACUCAUUCAGUGAGUCCACUGAGGUGUCUUACACAUUCACAGAUGAGGGUGGUAACUCCGUCACGUGUACCUGUAGAGUUUACGUCUUAGAUGAUCUUGAGCCUGAAGUCAUCUACUGCCCAGACGACUAUGCCAUCACAGCCUGGGACAAACUCACCGAGGUGACCUGGGAUGAGCCCAUUUUCCGUGACCCCUUAGGUCAUGACCUUGUGGUUAGCAACCAUGUGGCAGAGGGGCAUACAGCCAUCUUACCGUGGGGGCGACACACAGUGGUGUACACGGCUAUCAAUACAGACAAUGGACAGAAAGCUGCAUGUCAGUUUGCUAUUGAUAUAACACCCAACAGCUGUCUGCCUUUGCCCAGACCCAUGAAUGGUGCCCUGUCCUGUGUGCCAUCUGGUCUCAUCUGCAGUGCCUUCUGCAAUCAGGACUACCAGUUUUCCCGAUCGCGUGGCCGGAGUGUCCCUGACCAGUAUGCCUGCGGAGUGAUGUCAGGACAAUGGAUACCCCAUGAUGGCCGGGUUCCAGAUUGUUCUAGACGAAGGGGUGAUGCUAACCUUCCCAUGAGCCUCAUGUACUUUUCUGGAGAUUGCAGCGACCAGUCCACACAAGAGAGCAUUGCAUCGGCAUUUAUCACUAUGAUUGAAAAUUCCCUUUUCAUGGACGCCUGCACACUCAAUAACAAAUGCAACAUUUCGAACGUGCAAGUGCAUUGCGGGGCAGGAGGUCAACGUCUUGGGCAAGGCCCUGGGAUGCACCGUCGUCGCCGGCGGGGCACUAUCACAGAUGACCAGCGCAGGAGCGAAGAUGCAGUGUGGGGCAAGCUGUUUGCAAGAUUAGAUGCCACGCAUAUCCAGAGGCAAAAGCGAGACACUGAUAUCAACUUUGGUGUUUUGAUCAGCUUUGACCUGAGCAAUGAGAUUGACUAUGAGACAGGGAUGGAGAGCCAGGAUGCUGUCAUCGCUGCAGAAUCUGAGCUGAAGGACCGAGCUGAUGGUCUGAUGGCAGCGAUAGGAAAUGGGAGCUUGCUGGCUCUGAAUAUGACGGGCAUGAACUUAGAAGUAGACACAGACACGAUGUCAUACGGUGACUCAGUGGUGAUCUGUAAGCCAGGCUAUAUUCUCAGUAAUGAUUCGCUCUACUGCACUGCUUGUAGUUCUGGGACGUGGUACAACAAGCUCACAGGGGAGUGUGAUUAUUGUGCCAGAGGGAGUUAUCAGAACCAGCAGGCUGCACAGUCAUGCAUAGAAUGCCCCCCUGGAACAACAACAGCUACUGAAGGGGCCAAAAACAGCUCCUCAUGUGUAGACGAGUGCCCAGCCGGUACCUUUUCUACCAAUGGUGUCAUUCCUUGCUUCAAAUGCCUGAUUGGUCAUUUCCAAUCCCUGCCUGGCCAGACGUCGUGCCAACCAUGCCCAACUGGUACUACAACCCUCGACUAUGAAGCUCAGACAGUGGACCAGUGCCUUGAAAUCUGCCCAGCAGGCAGUUACUCCGACACAGGACUUGCCCCGUGCCAUCCAUGUGAACGUCGUUACUACCAGCCUAAUAUCCAGAAGCGUCACUGUGUGCUAUGCCCUGGAAGGACUACCACAUCGGGCAACGGGUCCACCAGUCUAGAACAGUGUAUUGAUAUGGAUGAGUGUGCCAGCUCACCGUGUGACCACCAGGCUACCUGUGUGGAUCUGAUUGAUGGUUACCGAUGUGACUGUCCACCAGGCUAUCAAGGAGUCCACUGUAAUGAUGACAUUGAUGACUGUACAGACCAUCGAUGUGUCAAUGAGGCAACAUGUGUGGACAGGCUGAUGGGUUACUUCUGCCAGUGCAGUCCAGGAUUCAUAGGCGAUUUUUGUGAGAUGAACAUUGAUGAGUGUGCAUCCACACCUUGCUUAAAUGACGGCAUGUGCCUGGAUGAAGUCAACGGAUAUCACUGCCAAUGUAUGCCAAACUACCACGGGCUACAUUGUGAACUCGAGAUAAACAGCUGUUCUCCUAGUCCUUGCCAACAUGGAGUAUGUCAACUCCGUGAUGGUGGGUACCAGUGCCAGUGUGCUGCAGGAUACAGUGGCAUUAACUGUACCCUUGACAUCAAUGAGUGUUUCAGUGGUCCAUGUCGCAAUGGAGCAACGUGCCAAGAUAUGGCCAAUGGUUACAACUGUGUCUGUGCUGUGGGUUAUGAAGGCACUCACUGUGAGAAUGGUGUGGACUGGUGUGCUGAGUCGCCGUGUCAUGAUGGCUCAACCUGUGUGAACCUUGGUUCGACAUUUCGCUGCGUCUGCCCUGCACACCGAUCAGGCGAGUUGUGUGACCAGACCCCUUGCCAGAAUGACGCUGUCUUUCAGGUGAAUGCAGACGACACAUAUAGGUGUUAUUGUGAACCCGGCUUCACUGGCCACAACUGCCAGAUUGACAUCGAUGAGUGUGCGUCAGAACCUUGUUCCAACGGAGGUACUUGUGUCGACAGGCUCAAUACUUACCUGUGUGAUUGCCCUCCUGGAUUUGAAGGAGAGGCAUGCACAGUUGACGUGGACGAGUGUUUGUCUAAUCCCUGCGGAGCUGCUAACACCUGUGAAGAUGACAUCAAUGGCUACGCCUGCCUGUGUGGACCAGGAUUGACUGGUACCCAUUGUGAGGAUCACCUUGACUACUGUGACCCCUCUGCAUGCCAGCAUGGGGCCACAUGCAGUAAUACAGGCACAGGGUACCGGUGCACAUGUGCUGCUGGUUUUACAGGUCCAGACUGUGAGACCAACAUUGAUGAUUGUAUUUCUAGGCCGUGCCAACAUGGUGGCUUCUGCGUGGACCUUGAUAACAGCUUCAUGUGUUUCUGCUUAGCUGGAUUCAUGGGACCACUGUGUGAAUUGAACAUUGAUGAUUGUACACCAAGUGCUUGCCAUAACAAUGGCACUUGUAUGGACAGCAUCAAUGACUUUACCUGUGUCUGUCCGGAUGGUUUCACUGGUGCCCACUGUGAGGAAGUGGUCAAUUAUUGCCACAGCAGCCCAUGCCACCACCAAGGGGUAUGCCAGAAUGACCCACCGGCUGCCUAUAAGUGCAUGUGCUCACCAGGAUUUGUUGGUCAUGACUGUGAGGACAACUUUAAUGAAUGCUCUUCCUAUCCAUGCAUAAAUGCACUUUCCUGCGUAGAUGGUGUUAACAGCUACACAUGUGUCUGCAAUGAAGGAUAUACUGGCCCCAACUGCGAGGAGGAAGUUGAUGAAUGUGUCAGCGGACCGUGUGAGAAUCAUGGGACGUGCCUGGACUUGGUGGCUGGGUACAGGUGCAUGUGUGUUGCCGGGUACACUGGGGUUACCUGUGAGCAAGACAUAGAUGAUUGUGCGGCUGUUUCAUGUCACAACGGGCUAUGUGUGGAUGAAGUUAAUGGCUUUCAGUGCUUUUGUCUACCGGGUUGGACAGGUCAGCUUUGUGAUGAGGAUAUAGAUGAGUGUGACUCAGCUCCCUGCCUACACAGCAGUGAGUGUCAGGAUCAGCUCAAUGCCUAUAUCUGUCAAUGCUCACCAGGCUACAAUGGUACCAACUGUGAAGAAGACAUCAAUGAAUGUGUCAAUGUUCAGUGUCAGCAUGGAGGCACUUGCAUGGAUAAGGUUGCCGCUUUUGAUUGCGCUUGCGUCUAUGGCUAUAGAGGGCGCUAUUGUGAGGAGGAAAUCAACGAGUGUUUAUCCAACCCAUGUCAAAACGGAGCCAUCUGCCUUGAUGAAGUUGCCGCUUUCUCCUGUGAUUGUGUGACUGGUUUCACUGGUCCCCUGUGUGAUGUGGAAGUGAGAAGUGACCCGUGCACCAGUGCCCCUUGCAGUAACGGAGCUUCCUGCAUAACCGAAGGCAACAGUUUCUUUUGUACCUGUGUAGAUGGAUACAGUGGGGAACUAUGUGAUGUGAACGUUGAUGAAUGCAUGAGUCAGCCAUGUGAACAUCAUGCAUUGUGCAUAGAUGACCUCAGUGCUUACCAGUGUGCUUGCCUACCAGGAUACGUUGGCGUUCAUUGCGAAAAUGAAUUAUCAACGGAUUUUGACCUGGUAUUCUCCAACAACACUGCAUCAGACAUCAUCCAAGUCACCGGCGUGACUUCUGCUGGACUGUCUGAACUGUCCCUUACCCUGUGGUUUAGAUCAUCGGCCUGCACGGAUGACAUCAUCAUGGCAAAGUUAUCCACUGCAACGACCAAUGUCCUUGAGAUCAGAAAUCCAUGCAGCCUGCUGCUGUCGCUUCUUGGCCAUAAUGUUGGUGUGGGGAGCCGGAGAGAUUUCUGCGAGGGACGUUGGCACAACAUCAUGCUGGUCUUGAAACACCAGACUAAUCUAGAGUGGAAGCUGUACAUUGACCAGUCAUUGGCAGCAGAGGGCACUGUCUCAACCCCCACAGGAAGUUUUCCAAGUGGCUUGUCAUUAACCAUUGGCCCUUCGGACUCUGAGACUGGUCCUGGUGAUUGUCAGUUGGAGCUGAGUGGCCUGAACAUAUGGCAGGAGGCCCUAAGUGAGGUGGAGGUGACAGAUGUUGCUGCCUACUGCGUACCGAUCACACCUGGCAAUGUGUUUGCAUGGGGGCAAAUCAUGGCACUUCCUGGGGCUGGAAUCACACACACAUUGAGGGCGCCAUCAAUGUGCGAUGAUUAUGAUGAAUGUUCCAGCACCCCUUGUGAGCAUGGCGGGUUGUGUGAGGACCGGCUUGAUACCUUCUUCUGCCAUUGUACUGAGGGUAGGCUAGGAGACAGGUGCCAGACCAUGCUUGAUUUAUGCCUGCUGAACCCCUGCCUUAAUAAUGGCAUGUGUCAGAGUGACUUGUUUGGAUUCAGGUGCCAGUGCCCUGUGGGAUACACCGGCAGGGUGUGCGCAAACCAGAUUGUUGACGGUCAGUGGAGUGUAUGGAUGUCUUGGUCCCCAUGUUCAAAGACAUGCGGGACUGGCAGUCAGCUCCGAUUUAGGUCAUGUGACAACCCGGAGCCCCAGAAUGGAGGGGCACAAUGUCCGGGGGCAUUCUACCAGUCAGAGGAGUGUAACACAGACAGAUGCCCCACCUGUCCAGUUCUGCGGAGUCCGCUGCGUGGCUUCAUUGAUUGCAAUGAAACGGACGAUGGGGAAAUUUCGUGUCGUAUCUGGUGUCGGGACAGCUAUGUUUUCAGUACACCACCACGGACCGAGUACCGGUGUGGUCCCAGUACUGACUACCUGUGGGACCACAAUCCUGAGAACAGCCGCUCAGUUCGACUGCCAAGCUGCAGCUUAUUGGUUCCCCGCGUUGCCAUUGCUGCCAACAUCACCGUGACAUAUCCUGAUCUGCACUGCGGCUCACUGAGUGAUCAGCGUGACAUCUACGAUGGGGCUUCUGCUACCCUGCACAAUUCCACGCAGGGGGCCUCAGGAUGCCUGGCACUAAACACCUGUGCUGCUAACAUCACCGUCUCCAAUUGUGACACACAAGAUCACCGCACCACCAGGGCUACCGUGCGGAAGAGAAGCUCACCAUCCCCAGUCAAAGUGACUAUUUUGUUCACCAUGGCUGACCAUACUUCAGUUGGCCAUAGUGGUGUUCCUGACAAUAGUUCAGUAUUAACAGAAAUGGAUAUCAGAUCCACCCUUGAUGAAGUGACAGAACUCAUGCAGCAGGGGCAGUUUGGCAUCAUGUACCAUGGUGAAGUGUCACAGCCUGACAUUGAGACUAUUGCUGAAGAUGGUUGGGAUGUCUGUCCACAAGGGAGUGUGGAAAGUGAACAAGAGGGGCUGUGUGUUCAGUGCAGCCAAGGUUUAAUCUGGGAAUGGGAUGCCUUCCAGCUUGACUACGUCUGCAAACCAUGCCCUGUCAACACCUACAAAGAUGAACAGAAGAACGUCUGCACAGACUGUCCACAUGGAAUGGUGACAAGUGGUCCUGGAGCUACCAACAUCAGCCAGUGCUUUGAGACACAGAUUGGCAAGGAUCCUGAUACUGAGACAGUGAAUUUCAAAGUGGUUGCCAUUUCCAUGGCCUGUGUUGGGCUCAUUCUGAUCAUUGCCACUGUUGGACUGGUUGUCUGUAAGCUGAAGAAGCAGAAAGUGACCAAGAAAUUGUCCAUGGUUGACAAGACUUCCCCAGUUCAUGUCAUCCCUGACAUAUUCCAGACAAGCUCAGCAAGUCUUGAGAUCAAGCAAGAUGAGCCAGCUUCUAGCCCUAUUGGUGAGGCCCUUCCAGGAGGCACACACACCUACUCAGAUGAGCAAGACUUGAGUGGAAUACUGAAACUCACCCAAACCAAACUGUAAUCGGAUCUCCCGCAGACUGGACAGACAAUAUUCCUGGAAAUUCAACAUUGCUCAAGUAUCGUUUAGUGCAAAACGCAUGUACUGCAUGUCUAAGCUUUAUCCAUCUAUACUUAGGUAGCUCUGGCUUGAUUUUGUAACACUGUUAGACAUUUUAUAGUCUUUGCCAGUCUAAUGAAUAUUUACAGUCAACAUAAAAUCAUUGCAGUAUAGCUGUCAUUGGGACAAGCAGAUAAUUAUGCAAAUUAAGACAUAUCUGGAAAUCUGAAGAGGAUGUUCAUUAUAUUUUAUGAUU